CGGGCGGGAGCACCGGCCGAGAGUGGCGGUGCGCCCCGGCUGGGGAAAAACGACGGAGGCUCCAUGCAGGCAGGCGAGCCCUCAAGACCGUUUCAAUCCGGAUGCCCUUUGCGGAUGAAAGAUGUAUCAUGGAAUGAACCCGAACAGCCGGGAUCCGUUCCUAGAGGAGCAGCCGCCGCCGCCGCCGCCGCCUCCACCGCUGUUUCAGCGUUGCCAGUCUAAACUCUCCCUGGUGGUCUUGUGGUUCCAACUGGCGCUGUGCUUUGGCCCUGCACAGAUCACGGGCGGUUUUGAUGAACUCCAUGCUUGUUCUGAUCCUGGAUUCCCUGAAUAUGGAUAUAAAAUGCCCAGCACAGGUGUUUUCUUUGAAAGUUCAGUUGUCCGGUUUCAUUGCCAAGAAGGAUACAGGCUUAAGGGUCCAUCCCAAAAGCUUUGUGAGAGACAUUUUAAUGGUUCCCUAAGCUGGAAGCCAAGUGAUAAACCUGUGUGCCUACAAGAAGCUACAGAUUGGCUUGCUCCAACUGUUGAAGAUGCCGAGAUUCAGAACAAGACAUACAGAACUGGAAAUAAAUUAAUAAUCAGCUGUCAUGAAGGAUUCCAGAUCCAUUUCUCUGAUUUGGCCACCCUGGUAUCAAUACGUCAAGAUGAUGGAACAUGGGAUAAUCUGCCCAUUUGCCAAGGUUGCCUGAGACCACUGCUGCUUCCUCAUAGUUUCACUAAUAUAUCUCAGUUCGAGUCUUCCUUCCCAGUAGGAUCAAUGAUAUAUUUUCAGUGUUUUCCUGGAGAUAAAUUAGAAGGUGCAGAGUUCCUUGAGUGCAUGUAUAAUCUUAUCUGGUCAGAUAGUCCACCUAGGUGCCUUGAUGUGGAAGUUUGUCCGCUACCUCCUAUGGUGACUCAUGGAGAUUAUAUCUGCCAUCCGCGGCCUUGUGAACAUUACAACCAUGGAACUGUGGUUGAGUUCUAUUGUGAUCCUGGCUACACUCUCAGUAAUGAUUACAAAUAUAUCACCUGCCAGUAUGGAAAAUGGUUUCCAUCAUAUCAAGUAUACUGUAUCAAAACAGAACAAGCCUGGCCAAAUAACCAGGAAACUCUUUUGCGAACAUGGAAGAUUGUGGCAUUCACUGCUACUAGUGUUCUUCUAAUACUUCUGUUAGUUAUUCUUGCCAGAAUGUUCCAAACCAAAUUUAAGGCACAUUUCCUUCCAAGAGAUACUCAAGAGAAUUGCAACAAUGGCCCAGACUUUGUGGUGGUGGAUGGUGUUCCUGUCAUGCUUCCUUCUUAUGAUGAAGCUGUGAGUAAUGGCAUAAAUGAGUUGGCAUCAGGAUGUGCGCCCCCUGCAGGCCAGGGAUAUGUUUUUCAAGCUGAUGAUCAGAAUCCUCCAGCUUAUCCUGGACCAGAUGAUUUGAACAGGUUGCCAGCUGAAUUUGACACCUGUGACAGCAUUUCAGGCUCUUCAGAACUUCUACAUAGUUUAUACACAUCUUCUGCAUGUCAGAUGGGAGCUCAUCCUGUCUCAGACAGAACUGAUGUUAUCAACAGCACCACUGAAGAAGUUGCAUCAACCAGCCCAAGCAUUGAUAUUGCUGAUGAAAUUCCAUUGAUGGAUGAAGACCCUUAAUCUGCACAAAUAUUUCUUAUAUCUUGUUGGGGUGGGGGAAUAAAUCAUUUACAUAUGUAUACAUAUCUAUAUAUCUGUAUGAAUCUCUAUAUAAAGACUGAUUACAGAUGGAGGCAAGGAUAUUUUCUGUUUUUAUAAAUCUUCCUCAUUAUGUCAUCAGAUUUUGUGUGCAUAUCUUAAAUCAACUUUGGGUUGAGAGCAUCAGCUAUUCAACAGCAGCUUUACAAAAUGAAUCCUGAGGAUUUGAUGAGACUAAACAUUACAGGAGAAUUACACGUUUGUGGAACAGUGACAAGUGUAUCUGCAUCGCAGGAAGCUUUAACAGAUGUUUUAAAACACCAAUGAAGGUAGACAAAGGUCAUAAUAGAAGUAUUUCAGAUAAUGUAAAUUCUGUUUUAUCAAAGCUGCUUCAUAUUUAUGAUGGACCAUGAUUUACAAAUUUAAUUUAUUGAGGGGGAAAUAAACAGUUGAAAUUGAAAUCAAAGAGGGUCACUUCUAAAUUUCUUCAUGAAAUUCAAGGUGGAAACUUACUGCAAGGAAAUAAAACCUUGGACUCAAGGAAAAGCUUAAUCAUUGAAACUCAUUGGAAGGAACUUGAAGAUUAUAUUGAAAUUAAGUAACAGUACUUUAGGUGAUACUGUAAACUAAAGAACACAAUAUGUCCCAGGCAAAUGAUGAGAUAUUGAUACUUCCUAAUUAUUGCAUAUGGGGACCAGGGGAAAAGAGUCAUUAAAAUACUUUGUUGAACAUGGGAACAUAUAAAAAUACGAAAUGUUUUGAUUAAAAAAAAGCAAAUGUUGGGAAAUCUUUAUCCUCAGAUAUGUAGUAUGAGACCUGGGAUCAGUAGCAUCUAAACGUUAUAGAAUGGUUAUUCUCAUGAAAGAACAAGAAAACUAAGUUGAGUAUGAACUGUUUGAGUGCUUUUGGACUGAAUAUCACAGAAGAAAAUGCUGUUAGUUGGGUGACACUGAUCAGGAAGUGAUUGCAUAUACAGGUAACUUUUGUAUAUAUAAAUUUUCAUUAUAUAUUUUUCUACUGUAUAGUCAUUUGGAUUGUGUAAAGAAUAGCAUUGCUAUGGGGUAAAAAUACGGCUGAAUUUUUAAAAGAGUGAGCUAUCAAUACAGUAAUUAUAGCUGAAAGUAACUUCAUUUCAUUUCAUUUAAAGAUGUGGGUAAAAUAAAUAAA